AUGUCGACGGGCCGGCACCGGCUGCAGUUCCUCCUGCAGAGCGCGAGGGACCUGAGGGAGACGCUGCAGACGAGGGGAAGUACGCUGGUCGUGAGGAAAGGGAAGCCGGAAGAUGUGGUCCAUGAUCUAAUUACUCAGCUGGGCUCCGUGAGUGUUGUGGUUUUCCAUGAAGAGGCUACGAAGGAGGAGCUGGAUGUAGAGAAGGGGCUGUUCCAGGUGUGUGGUCAGCAUGGAGUGAAAAUCCAGAUGUUCUGGGGAUCCACACUGUAUCACCGGGAUGACCUCCCCUUCAAGCCUCUCACCAGACUGCCUGAUGUCUACACUCAGUUUCGAAAAGUCGUGGAAACCGAGGCAAAGGUUUGGCCAACACUCCGCAUGGCAGAUCAGCUCGAGCCUCUGCCUCCAGGGGUAGAAGAAGCAUGUAUCCCUACAAUGGAGGAUUUGGGACAGAAGGAUUUUGUAACUGAUCCACGAACAGCAAUUCCCUGCAGUGGAGGAGAGACUCGGGCGUUAAUGAGACUGCAGUAUUAUUUUUGGGACACGAACCUGGUGGCCUCUUACAAGGGGACACAGAACGGACUGAUAGGAGCGGAUUAUUCAACCACAUUUGCGCCAUGGCUGGCCUUGGGCUGCAUUUCACCACGCUACAUCUACGAGCAGAUCCAGAAGCACGAGAGGGACAGAAUAGCAAAUCAGAGCACAUACUGGGUCCUCUUCGAGCUGCUCUGGCGGGAUUACUUCUGAUUUGUGGCCCUGAAGUAUGGCAGAAGGAUUUUCUCACCAAGAGGGCUGCAAGGCAAAGAGGUCCCCUGGAAGAAGGACCUUCAGCUCUUUGACUGUUGGAAAGAGGGCAGGACGGGGGUUCCUUUCGUCGAUGCCAACAUUCGAACGGGCUCCAUGUCUAACCGAGGGCGGCAGAACAUCGCCAGCUUCCUCACCAAGGAGCUGCGUCUCCACUGGAGAACAGGAGCAGAAUGGUUCGAAUUCCUGCUGGUGGACUGUGACGUUUGCAGCAAUUAUGGCAACUGGCUCUACAGCGCUGGCGUUGGCAACGACCCCAGGGACAACAGGAGGUUUUACACGAUCGAGCAAGGCCUGGAUUUCGAUGGCAGCGGGGAUUACGUGCGGCUGUGGGUCCCAGAACUGCAGGAGCUAAAGGAAGGAGAUAUCCACACACCCUGCGCACUGAGCGGCGCCUCCCUCCCCCAAGCAGGAAUAACCCUCGGCGAGACCUACCAUCCCGUUGUGACAGCCCCGGAGUGGAGCAGACACAUUGGCCCCAGGCCUCAGGGCUCUCAUCCCAAAGGCAGGAAAGGACCCGCACACCCACCGAUGCAGCACAAGGACAGGGGCAUAGAUUUUUACUUUUCUCGCAAGAAACAUCUAUGA